CGUUCAAUUUGGAUAGUUGAACAAUGAAGUGCCUUGUGGCACUCUUCCUAAUUCUUCCAAUUGUCAUAUACAUCGCUCCCUUUUCAUCUCCAUCACGUGCCAUCUCGUUAUGCAAUGGCCCUUGUCAAACCCUAGAUGAUUGCACCGGCCAAUUGAUAUGCAUCAGCGGAAGGUGAAAUGACAAUCCGGACGUAGGCACGCAGAUGUGUCACAAUACUACAUCACCUUCCGGUGGAGGAUGUCAGUCCUCGGGUACUAUGCACUGCCACGGCAAGUCCUUCCCUAAAUAUCGUUGCUCGCCCCCGGUAACGUCUUCCACUCGAGCAACCUUGACGAACAAUGAUUUCAGCGAAGGCGGUGAUGGUGGGGGCCCGUCGGAGUGCGACGACAGUUACCACAAAAACUCAGAGCUGAUUGUUGCACUGUCGACCGGGUGGUAUGCUAGCGGGUCUCGAUGCGGGGAUACGAUCAGGAUAACAUCUACGAAGACCGGGAGGACCGUGAUGGCCAAGGUGGUCGACGAGUGCGACUCUUUGAAUGGGUGCGACGAUGAACACGACAAUCAGCCGCCGUGUAGGAACGACAUUGUCGACGCUUCAAAUGCGGUGUGGCAGGCUUUGGGGUUGGACAUAGAAGUGGGUGAAGAGGACGUUACAUGUUCCACGGCAUAGAAAUUCUUGCGUUUUCCUUCCCCAGAGACGAUCGAAUAUAAGGAUAAAUAAGAUUUGUGGUUGUUGGUUGCUGACUGGUGUUCGGUAAUAUGUUUG